AUGUUCUCCUCGCUGACUGCCGCCUUUGGCAGAUUCACGGUCGGCUCAGCCGCUUCUGGAGGACCAUCUUCAUUCGCCUCGGCCUCGCGACUCUCGUCCUCUUCGGUCGGCUCUCUUCACAUGGCCUCGUCUUCUCGUCCCACUCUUCCAAACUCCACUUCAGCCUCAUUACAGCUUGGUUCCAUCCGUCACAAGGGUGACCUUGCACCAAGAAGGACAAAGUACCGCAAAGCACACAAGAUCACCAUCCCAUUCAACACCGGUGGAUCCACGAAAGGCACCACUGUCCAGGAAGGCGCUUACGGCAUUCGACUACUCGCACCUACUCGUCUGUCAGCCAAGCAGCUUGUGGCAGCAGAGACAGCGCUCAAGCGUAAAUUGAAGGUGGUCAAAGGUGCACAGGUCUUUUUGCGUGUCUUCCCAGAUAUCCCCGUUUGUGUCAAGGGUAACGAGACUCGUAUGGGUAAGGGUAAGGGUGCUUUUGAAUACUGGGCUUGCAGAGCCAACAUGGGCAAAGUCAUCUUUGAAAUUGGUGGACCUGUCGAGAUCCGACCUGAAGUUGCAAAGGAGGCACUUCGACUCGCAGCUGCCAAAUUGCCCGUUCCUACCGAACUUGUGACCAGGGGGUCGGCACCUCGCAUCGGCAACCAGCUCGUUGACACAACUGUCACCGCUACCGCUACUGCAACGGUCACUGCCGAUGGCUCUAGCGAGACUGCUAUUGCCACCGCAACGUCGUUCUGA